ACACUCGUUCCUUUUCAGACUGAACCCAACACUAUGGGUCUUUAUUGCGUGUACCCAACACAUCCCACUUUAGCUCCAGAGGGUCUCUUGACCUUGGAGAGAGUGACAGAUGCGCCAACUCUGGACAGUGACCAAGCACCAAUUCAUGGAGGGCACCCUGGUCUCUCAACACCUGAAAUUAGUGCCAAGCACUUGUUUGAUGGCUUCUCAAACCACACUUCUGGAGUUCUGAUAGUGUGGCAUUACUCUGGCACCAAUAGCAACUCGGCAGUCAAUGUCAAUUGUCUUGCAGAGUUCUUA